CGCGCGUGAGUACCUGAGACCAAAUAGCGAAUCUCGACGUCAACAUCGAACGACACGAGCGAUAACGGCAAGUCGUACCCGCAUCAACGAAAAAUCAUCGUGAUGGGCUGUGGUGACUCGGGUGCGCUCACCGACGAAUUCUCUGAUUUGAGUUUAUCACAGCAAGGCGAGGAUGCCGUCAUACUGCAACCAGCUUUCUCUUCGUCGAGUCAAAAUACAACAACGACAGUGUCGUCCAUUGAUCGCUGUGCAAUCUUUGACGACGACGAAGAUAAUGAAAACUUGACACUCGAAUUGGAUAAUAAAGAUUACGUCUACGAUGAGUAUAGGACUUAUAAUAGACAGAGAUCAUCAGAUAACGAGUACGAAUUGACAAAUAAACCAGCAAAUACAGAAGUGGUGGUAGCCUCACUCAGUACAACUUCCCUGAGCACUGCAGCGAGUUGUCAACGCUUGAAUAGCACUUCCAUGAGCCAUAUGCUUUCGUACGAAAAUUGGUGUAGUGAAAAGCACCGCGAGAUGCAACAGCGCAAAUAUGAGCAGCGUGAGUCGGAACUCAGGCGACGCGAGUUAGAAGAGCGCAAAAAGCGCGAACGCGAGGAAAAGGAAAGACGCGAUUACGACUGUUUUAUCAAUUGGCUAGAGCGUAAAAAACGUGAAGAGAGCAUUAAGAAAGAGCUGAUGGAAAAGGAGCUUAACCUUCGGAAACAAAUUCAAGACAUUGAGGAGAAUGCCAAGGUCGUUAAAGAUAUGACUUUGAAGAAAUGGUACAGAAAGAAGGAGGAGCAGCAGAAAUUUUUAGAAAAAAAAGAAUUGGUGAAGCAAAAGAAGGCUGAGGAAGAAAAACAGAGAAGAUUUCAAGACAGCACGAAGGCCUAUGAGAAAUGGCGAGAAAAGGCAAAAUAUGCGCCAAGGCCUGCUACGCAAGGCUUACUACCUCAUCAAAAAGCAAAGCCAGUGUUUACCAAUCCAACACCUUGGCAGCCAUUAGUCAAUAAUGCUAGUGAUGAAUCGGAUACAGAUAACAAUCAUGCAAAUCAAAUUAAGACAUCCGGUGCAGCAAUCAAAAGUCAACGAAGUAAAAAAGCUAGUGUAAAAAGAUAA